AUGCCAGGCGAGCUGCUGCGCACACUGACGCCACCAUUUGCACUCACCUUUGGACUAUCUCGACCGGGCUCGAGGAAAGCCUCCGCGGAGCAGAGUACUGCAGGCGCAGAGAGGAUGGCGGAGGUACAGAGGGCACAGCAGCCACAGCAGAGGUUUCUGUAUCUGGUAUCGCAGAACGACGAGGUGUAUGAGAACGAUGUCCUGCGCAAUUCGGGCAAUGUACGACCUUGGCUGGACUAUGCGAACUUCAAGAGGCAGUAUGGAACGAAGCUGGAGCAGGCGUUCGUGCUCGAGAGAGCGGUGACAGCUUUGCCGAGGAGCUACAAGCUGUGGAAGAUGUAUCUGGAGCUGCGGACGAAGCAUCUCAAAGGCAGGAACGCGGCGAGACACAAGGCCGAGUACCAGAAGGUGAACGCUCUGUUCGAGCGAGCACUGGUGCUGCUCAACAAGAUGCCAAGGAUAUGGCAGAUGUAUCUGGCAUUCCUAUGCGAGCAGCCCUUGGUCACUCCCACGAGACGAACAUUCGACCGUGCUCUACGAGCUCUGCCUCUAACACAACAUAAUCGAAUCUGGGCUUUGUACAGGCCAUUCGCAAACUCUGCUGGUGGAGAUACGGCUGUCAGAAUAUGGCGACGGUAUAUGCAGGUACACCCUGAGAACAUGGAGGAUUUCAUCGACCUGCUGGUCAGGGAGCGAAGGUAUACGGAGGCUGUUCAGCGCUACAUCGAAAUACUCAACAACCCACGAUUCAAGUCAAAAGAGGCCAAGGGACCCUUUCAGCAUUGGACCGAAAUGCUCGAAGUCCUCAUCGAUCACGCACGAGCUAUACCGAACCCGCUUCCAAUGCUCGAUGGCACCACGAUGGCCGUGGAGAAGAUCAUUCGAUCGGGUCUGCAACGAUUUCCUGACCAGCGAGGUAUACUUUGGGUUGGUCUGGCGCGAUACUACAUCAACCAAGGGGCAUACGAGCGAGCCAGAGACAUCUUUGAAGAGGGCAUCACCACAGUAAUGACCAUCCGCGACUUCAGUGUGGUGUUCGAUACUUACGCAGAAGCUGAAGAAGCUCUGAUCAGUAUCAAGCUCGAGGACUCUGCAAAGCGACAGCAGAAGGGCAAGGUAGACGAGAAUGCAGAUUUGGACCUCGAUAUCAGAAUGAUGCGAUUUGAGCAACUCAUGGACCGACGCCCGUUCCUGAUCAACGAUGUCCUGCUACGGCAGAACCCAUACAACGUCAAUGAAUGGUCGAAGCGUGUUGCUCUAUGGGGUGACAACGCACAAAUGGUUGUGCAAACAUACACUGAUGCGAUUGCUGCGAUCAACCCCAAACGAGCCAUUGGCCGCUUCCACGAGCUCUGGACCAAUUACGCAAAAUUCUACGAAGCUGGAGGCGAUUUGAGGAACGCGCGAAUCAUCCUGGAGAAGGCGGUCAAGGUACCUUACAAGUCAGUAUCAGAGCUUGCAGAAAUGUGGACAGAGUGGGCAGAGAUGGAGCUUCGCAACGAAAACUUUGACCAGGCUGUCAAUAUCAUGGCUUCUGCGACAAAAGCACCGAAGCGAAGUAAUGUUGACUAUUUUGACGAGACGCUGAGCCCGCAACAACGAGUCCACAAGAGUUGGAAACUCUGGUCUUUCUAUGUUGAUCUAGUAGAGUCAGUCUCAAGCCUGGAUGAGACGAAGAAAGUCUACGAGCGCAUAUUCGAGCUCAAGAUCGCCACACCGCAGACUGUGGUCAACUAUGCCAACCUGCUUGAGGAGAAUGGCUAUUUCGAAGAUUCCUUCAAGGUCUACGAGCGAGGUCUGGAUCUGUUCUCUUAUCCUGUCGCCUUUGAGCUGUGGAAUCUGUACCUUACGAAAGCCGUCGACCGUAAAAUCAGCAUCGAGCGAUUACGAGAUUUAUUUGAACAAGCAGUAGAGGACUGCCCACCAAAAUUCGCGCGAACACUAUACCUGAUGUACGGCGCGUUAGAAGAGGAGCGAGGUCUUGCACGGCACGCUAUGCGUAUCUAUGAGCGCGCUACUCGUGCCGUAGCAGACCAAGACAGAGCAGAGAUGUUUGAGUUCUACGUCACGAAAUCUGCUUCCAACUUUGGCCUGACCUCCACACGACCUAUCUACGAACGUGCGAUUGCUGCUUUGCCUGAUAAGGAAGCAGCAAGUAUGUGCAUCAAAUUCGCUGAGAUGGAACGAAGAUUAGGCGAAAUUGACCGCGCGAGAGCAAUCUUCGGUCACGCAAGUCAGUUCUGCGACCCGAGAGUCGAGGCAGCGUUUUGGAAGAAAUGGGAGGGCUUCGAGGUACAGCAUGGCAACGAAGACACGUUCAAAGAAAUGCUGCGCAUCAAGCGAAGUGUUCAAGCACAGUUCAAUACUGACGUCAACUUCAUUGCUAGUCAAGCUGUGGCGAGACAGCAGGCUAUGCAGAGCAAUGGAGGUGCUGCGGAUGCACAGGAAGAAGCCAUGGAUUUGGAAGGAGAAAUUGAUCGGAAAAAGCUAGAUGCUAUGGCUGCACUUGAGCGACAAGCGAGAGCACCUAUGGGUUUCGUGGCUGCUACUUCGGGUCAUGAGGGUGGGAACAGGCCAAAGUUUCAGGAGAGCAAGGAAGAGGUCCCGGUCAGGAACGAGGCGGAGAUUGAUAUUGAUGACGACCUGUGA